AGCCGCUGCGACAUGUGUCUAUGUAGACACAUAUUCAGUACGCGUAGUUUUAAAUAACUUUCGCUACACGCGCGAAAGAGUUCCACUUAACGUGAAUAUUUCUCUGCGAAGUAUUUAUGAAACUCUCAAGACGAUACAAGCUAAAGUAAUAAUCAAUACGAUUCGGCGAUUGCUUUAAGAUAAUGCCUGGAUCAAUAGACUUAAUAGUGUCCACGGUAUAUAUUGGACUCACGAUUUGGAUAGCGUACUGGCUGAGGCUGUACACACUAUUUUAUCUCGAUGCUCGUCCUUUGACGAAGAAUUUAGUCCUAGAAUUCAUAGCUACAGCUGAACUUUGUGGAGCGUGUUUCGAACUCAUUAUAAUUGCGGAUAAUUGGGGAGUAUGGAUGUACGCGCUUUAUUUGUUUCUGCUGACGAUUUGGUGGUCGAUAAAUUGGGACGAGGCUUCAGCGUGUCCUUACACGCACAUGGAGGAUAUAGUCGUCGGUAGAAAACCGCUGGGCGUUGCUUUUCUCUCGAUAUGUGCACAACUGGUUGGCGGUCUUGUCAUAUUUAAAUACAUUCAAAUGUUGUGGGCGCUCCAACUUGUCUCUACGCACAAGAAUAGAGCUUACGGAGAAUGCACUACGGAUUUACAGGUAUCUGCUAUAUUGGGAACAUUAGUGGAGUGCAUUGCAACGUGCAUAUGCAGAGUGGUGUCCCGAGUGUUGAGCGAAUUGAAUCCGAGAUUUAGCAUGGUGAUUGAUGCUUUCGUAGGAACAUCUUUGGUGGUUGCAGCGUUUAAUUACACCGGCGGCUACUUCAAUCCGGCACUGGCUACUUCUUUAAAAUACGGAUGUUUGGGAACUACACCGAUGGAGCACGUGAUGGUUUACUGGAUUGGAGCGUGUAUCGGAUCUAUCGCCUCGUUGUACGUGUAUAACAUGCCGUUUGUUCAAAAUUUUAUUCAACGACAGGAAAGUUCAGAGGUAUUUUAAUGAGAUGUGAAACGCGCGCGAUGUUUAAGAAAAUGUGUGUACAUAUAGAUAAUAUGUUUGUUAUCUAAAAUUGUAAGUAUAUAUUUAUUAAUUAGAUAUAUAUUUUUUGUGUCUUAUAAUUAACAAAAAGAACGUACAAAAUUAUAUGUGCCAAAAAAUAGUGUUAUACAUUCCGACUGUGAUUAUCGUAAAUAAUUGUACAGCUGCACACAUGAUAUUGUUCAUACUUUGACUUUAAGAUAGAAAAAAAUGCUCAGAUUGUUGAACCGUCUGUAUUAAAUAAGUAAUUAAAAAAGUGACAGUAAGACUAAAUUAUUUAA